UUGUUUGCUACGUCAGUUUUUACAUUCGUCAAAAUCACGAUUUUUGGUUUUCUGUUUAGCAAAAAUUAUAAAAGAAUCGAGAAAAAAUGGACGAAAAUAAAGACUUUGAACCACUGGAACCAUCACUAAGGAAUGUAGUUGACCAGACCACCCUGCGAUGGAUUUUCGUGGGCGGAAAAGGCGGCGUUGGCAAAACAACAUGCAGUUGCAGCUUGGCGGUUCAACUCUCCAAGGUCCGAGAAUCAGUUCUUAUUAUAUCCACUGAUCCGGCGCAUAACAUUUCUGAUGCCUUUGACCAGAAAUUUUCUAAGGUGCCAACUAAAGUGAAGGGCUUCGACAACCUAUUUGCCAUGGAAAUUGACCCUAAUGUUGGUCUCAAUGAGCUUCCAGAGGAAUACUUUGAGGGGGAGACAGAGGCAAUGCGAUUAGGUAAAGGAGUCAUGCAAGAAAUUGUAGGAGCCUUCCCCGGUAUUGAUGAGGCUAUGAGCUAUGCAGAGGUCAUGAAAUUGGUGAAAGGCAUGAACUUCAGUGCCGUCGUGUUUGACACAGCUCCAACAGGACACACGCUGCGUCUGCUCUCAUUCCCGCAGGUUGUAGAGAAGGGUCUGGGUAAACUGAUGCGCUUGAAGUCAAAGGUGGCUCCAUUCAUAAACCAAGUGGCAACUCUAUUUGGGCUGGCAGAGUUCAACUCAGACAUGUUCAGCAGCAAAAUGGAUGAGAUGCUCUCAGUCAUCAGACAAGUAAACGCACAGUUCAAGGACCCGAAUCAGACAACCUUUGUGUGCGUGUGCAUUGCGGAGUUCCUCUCAUUGUACGAGACCGAGCGUCUAGUACAAGAGCUCACACGAUGCGGUAUCGACACGCACAACAUUAUCGUAAACCAGUUGCUCAUGCGCACUUCGGCGCCUUGUGAGCUUUGCGCCGCGCGGCACAAGGUCCAAGAGAAGUAUCUAGAACAAAUCGCCGAUCUUUACGAGGACUUCCACGUCACUAAGCUCCCUCUGCUAGACAAAGAGGUCCGAGGCGCCGAUGCCGUCAACUCUUUCUCCGAACAUCUUCUCAAGCCCUACGAUCCGACGAAGCCGUCGUCGUAAACUCUCUGCUUGAUGUGGUUGGCUCUAUGGUUGUCAAUUUGUGGGUAUGGAAAUUCUUCAUCCAACUGCUGCUGGUAAUAACUCAGUGAAGGUGCUAAAUGUCUCAGGCUUGUAUGACAUCCCUUGGCUGUGUGACUAAUUCCAUUUAGUAAUUUUGAUAGUAAUAGUCACAUUUUUAGAAACUGUUCUGUUUAUGAAAUGGUGGUCGAUCACAAAUGAUUGUAUAGUUAUUCCAAAGUGAUUACAUAAAUGUAAUAUAUUUCA